UUUGCAAAUGAGAUUUAAAAAUCACAAAAUAAACACAAAUUCAUUAUUUGACGUAAAGAAUCUAAAGUAUUUUGUAAAAAUAAUUGUAACUGACCAUACUUUGAGAAUUAAUAUACGGAUGUGGAGAUGUUGUGUUUGUCAAGUGUAGAUUCUGAGCCGCAAACUGUUACAUAUUUUCACUGAAUAGACCUUUCAACUAUACUUAAGUAUCCUUAUACAAUCUAUUACCAUUUCAUUUGUUGUGAAUCAAUGUUUAAUUCAAAUAAAAUAUAAAACCGUUAAAGUUAUUCUUUUAGCAGAGAGUAUGUAUGACAUAAACAAGCCAAAAACUGAUGAUUUUUGUUCUAACGGACAUGAUGAAAAGAUCGGUGAACAAAUCGAGUAGAUAAUAUUUGAUUUCAUCUAGUGUAAAAGGAUUAUUUUAAGAGUGACUUAUUUUACAAUGAAUUUUCGCUUAGUAAGGGCACAGAUGAUUACCGGAUCGAUAAUUGGAACUUUGAUGUAUGUGCUUGUGAAACAUAUAAUAUCUCAAGUUUCAUACAAUGAUAUUGGUUUAAGACCCAAACUGAUGGACGAUAUUUUUGUUAGAAAACGUCAACUUCAGAGCGGUCAUCCAAUUACAGAAAAUAAUACAGCUAAACAUGAAGUUCGUCAUAUAGCAUUUGUAAAGGUUCAUAGAACAGGGAGCGCAACGCUUAAACAAAUAUUUCUUAAGUUUGGACACAUCAGAAAUCUGACGUUUGUGUUACCAAACCUCCGGUACACACACACAAGAGGGGUUAUCAGUGAAGUGGAAUCUUUAACAAACAAAAAUAUUCUGCCACCGCCAAAAUCGCAGCCUUAUGACAUAUUGUGUCAUCACGUGAUAUAUAAUAGAAACUUUUUCAAAGCAAUUUUCCCAAAAGAUACUGUUUAUAUUGGCGCCGUAAGAGAUCCUAUUUCUCGAUUCCAGUCAGCUAUAUACUUCUUUGAACCUAAGUACAUACUUCAACUCCAAGGAUUAAAACCAUUAUCAACAUAUUCCAGAAACCCUCUUCUCUAUGAACCAACCGAUCCAAGGAACUCAAUGACCAAUAACAGAAUGGCAGUGGAUUUUGGGUUCCCCAUACACCUGUUUCCCGAUCAUUUAAGAAAUACAUCCGUCAAUGAGAUAAAUGAAUAUAUAAAGCAAUUGGAUACCGAUUUCCAGCUUAUUGUUGUAAAUGAGCUCUUUGAUGAAUCACUUGUCUUGAUGAAAAGAUUACUUAACUGGAGCAUCGGAGAUAUUCUUUAUCUACGGAAACAUGUAACAAUUACAACGUCUAGACGAAAUACUUUAUCCGAAACAGAUAUUUUGAAUAUUAAAGAUUUUCUUUACUUAGAUUACGCGUUAUAUAAUUUUGCUGUGAGUCGAAUAAAAAGACAAAUCAGGGAAGAAGGUGACACUUUCAAAAAGGAGGUGGCAUUUUUCAAGAAUGUAAAUACAAUGUUUGAAGACUAUUGUAGUGAUUUAAAGCAACAAGUCAGUCCUCGUUAUUUUCCAGGUACAGACUCAAACAGGGAAUUUGAAUUCUCACAUAUUGAUUGCCUGCUUUUGAAAAUGAAACUAUUAAACUCAGAAAAAAAUAGUAAUUAAAGCUUAGCUGAUUACAAAUGUAAACAUAAAAUUCAUUCAUGACAUCUUAUGCACAAUCGAUCUCUGCUUUUAUUAUUGUUUAUAACAGUAUAACUAACUUGCAAUUAGAUAUAUUUUAUCAUUUAACCGACACAAAAAUUGGCAUUUGUAUAUAUGACAAACAUAUAAAAGUAUUUAACUAAUAUAUUUAGUAUUGAUUAUG